UCUGAAGGAAAUACAAGAGCACGGAUCAACUGGAUUCUUCGGAAACCAGAGAACUCGAGCUUCGCCGUAUCUCGACGAGUAAUAGAAAUUGGCCGCAAGGAUGACGCCAUCUUUGCGACCAUUUGCGCGAGAAAAGAAAAAAUGGCAAAGAAAAAAAAAAUAUAUAUAUAUAUAUCGUUGGAAGCAUGCAACUACCGGGCGCUUCCAUCGUGGAAAGUAAAAUUUUGCGAGAAAACGCGUAGGCCCAAUAAACGCGAGCAAAAUUAGGAAGAUCAAUCCCCAACGAGAGUAAUAAGUAUACUUGCGAAUAAAAUUUAAAGUCGUGGAGAUUUAGACACCUGGGUGGAUCGUCGGCCAACUAUCGAGAGAAGAGAGUAUGUGCAGAAUACACAGAUAUACGUAACACAACAGCAUGCACAGUCGGUUCUGAGGGGCGCAGGCACAAGAGAGAACGGGAAGAAGGCAGAAUCGAGGGCAUCGAUCAUUUCAAGCUUCAUCAUGUUGCUCCUGACCGUGACAGCGUGUCUGGUGAUCACGGUGCAGGCCGGAUGCCCUAUGAGACCGACCGCGGAACAAACUUCCGCAUCGAGGACCACGGGUGACGGUGGUUACAGGAUACUCGUUAGCGGGAAAGCCGACAAAUAUAUUCCCAACGCUGUUUACACGAUCAGUUUGCAAGGCUCGCAAACGCACGAGAGAUUGCAACAGUUCACGCACUUCACUCUCUCCGUCAAUUCGCAACACGCGCCGAAUAAUCCCACGGCUCGAGUAGGAUACUUCCAACUGUUCCCCGAUGGUUUGACCACAUUCAACGAAGAUUGCGUCAAUACCAUCUCCGAAGCUUCAGAUUAUCCGAAGAACGAGGUCCAAGUGAUGUGGAGGGCACCGCCGUCAGGAUCAGGAUGCGUUAUAUUCACAGCCAUGGUCUUGGAGAACAACGUGCGCUGGUACGCCGAGGAUGGAGCUUUGACCAAGACCUUCUGCGAGAUGGACUCCACCGAGGUCGAGGCCUUGGACGGGGAGAAGUGUUGCGCCUGCGACGAGGCCAAGUACUCGUUGAUAAUGGAGGGGAUCUGGUCGAACGUGACCCAUCCAAAGGACUUCCCGUUCUCCGUUUGGCUGACCCACUUCAGCGACUUGAUCGGUGCCUCGCAUGUGCCGAGCUUCUCCUUCUGGGGUAAGGAUCACGUAGCCACGGACGGGUUUCGCCAGUUGGCCGAGUGGGGCUCCGCGUCCGGCGUAGAGACCGAGCUCAGAGCUAAUUCCAACAAAUUAAGAACCCUCAUCAAAGCUGCCGGGCUGUGGUACCCGAACGUAAACAGCAAUACGACCACUAACUUCAGAGUGGACAGAAAACGUCCUAUGAUCUCCGUGGCUUCCAUGUUCGGCCCGUCUCCGGACUGGGUGGUCGGUGUCAGCAAACUGAAUCUAUGCAGGAAAGAUUGUAGCUGGACGAAAAGCGAGAUAAUCGACCUGUACCCCUGGGACGCUGGCACGGAUAAUGGAAUCUCCUACAUGUCGCCCAAUUCCGAGACGACGCCGCGCGAGAAGAUGAAACCGAUCACCACGUUGUACCCCGAGGAUCCCAGGUCCCCUUUCUACGACCCCAGCGGAAGGCCGAUGCUGCCGCUUGCCAGGUUGUACUUGACCAGGGAGAAGAUUAUUCCACGGGGCUGCGACGAGGAGGUUCUUCAGCAGCAGGUCGCUCAGCUCGAGGUCGCCGAGAACACCGAGGACACUGUCAGGCCCGAGUGUCAGACCACGGAGUACACGACAUGGUCGAGCUGCUCGGUGAGCUGUGGCAAAGGAUUGAGAAUGCGUACCAGAUCGUACUUGAUGCCCGAGAAGGCAGCCAUGUUCAAGUGCAACAGACAAUUGGUCUCCAAGGAGAUGUGCGUCUCCUCGAUCCCUGAAUGCUCAGGCGAGGAGGACACGGACGAUGGUGUUGGCUCGUUGGCCGGUGUUAAUAACGAUGCUUUCUGCGAAACAACCGAUUGGGGCCACUGGUCGGAAUGUUCCUCCACGUGUGGGGUGGGGAUGAAGCUGAGGACAAGGCGGUUCAAGGAUCGGAUGGGUCGUAAACGAUGUCCCCACGUAUCCCUCGUCGAGAAAGUAAAGUGCAUGGAGCCGCCUUGCUCGCCCGGUUUGGAGGAACAGAUCGAUCCUACUUGCAAGGUGACCGAUUGGUCGGAUUGGUCCCCGUGCAGCGCCUCGUGCGGCAAAGGUGUGAAAUUAAGAACCCGAUUGCUGAUGGUCGACCCGUCGAAACAGCAAGAAUGCUCCUCGAAAAUGGAACUGGUCCAACAGCGGCCGUGUUUGGACCAGGCUGACUGCACAUUCGACAUGGCGACUGCAAAAGUGGUUUGCAUGGAGGAGCCGAACGCUGGACCCUGCAGGGGAUAUUUCCAGAGGUGGGCGUUCGUUCCCCAAAAGUUGAUGUGCGUGCCGUUCGUCUACGGCGGUUGUCGUGGCAACAGGAACAACUUCUUAACGGCCGAGGAGUGCAACAACACUUGCGGCAUUGUGCGAGCGAUUCUCAGCGGACAGCCGUUGAACGCAACCGACGUUCAAGUCGCCCCAAUAUCGCCGGCUCUGCCACCUGUACAUUGUGUCGUGAGUGGCUGGUCACCUUGGACACCUUGCAGCGUUUCCUGCGGGACAGGCCGCGUGACCAGUUUCCGCACGAUUCAGCAAGAGGCACGAAACGGAGGGAAUCCUUGUCCCAAGAAACUUCAGCGUCGAUCUAGGUGUCAGCUGGCGCCGUGCGAAUAAUAAUUUUGAGAAGGAAAAUUCCUUUUUUUUUUUUUAAUACGUCUAAAACGACGAAUAAAUAAGACGAAGGACCGAGACGGGACCGUUUAAUUGGAAGAAGUUUUUGAACACGGAAAAUUUUGAAGGGGAAGAACGGAUUGUUAGUUUGUAGUCUUUUCUUUUUUUUCUUACACACGACAUGAUGGGUAUGAAAUAAACCGAUGUAUCAGAAUAAA